UUUUCAGGAUUUAAGUUUCUAUGUGUCGCGUGCAUAUUUAUACCAAACGUUAUCGCAGCGCCAAAUACGGAACGAACUCCCAGAGGAGAGGAUGUGGCCUUUCCAGGACGUGACACUGCAGCGCCGGAGCCAGGCCCUUUUUGGAUCACUGCUAAGCAGCAAUGGGGAUGGCUAUGGAAGCUUCACUGGAUAGGACUGGGUCUGGCUUUUGCCCUUUUAGCAUUGAAGUCCCUGUGGGCAGUAAUACGCUCUCCCGAAAUUAUCAAUAAUUUUGCAGGAAUGAAUCUUUUCUACUCAAUCAACUUGCUUCUUAUAGCAUUAGGAACUACAAGAAGUUUGUAUCUGUGGAUUGACCCGUACGAAUCGGAGGAAAACAUUCCUAACUGCCCAUUGUGGGUUGUGAGACCCCUCUUUGGUAUCGCCUUUCCUUGCCUCAUGUCUGCAUUUUGCCUUGUGCACGUUGCUUUCUUGGAGGUUGCGAAGAUUCAGGUUGGCUCACCGAAACUCAAAAAUCCCCUUUUCGUGGGAUGUAUAAUUUUUGUGCAUUUUGCUGUGGUCCUUGUGUCAGAUACGACCACUGCAAUCAAAGCAGACAGAACAGAACUUUUGAUUGUUUGUCAAUCAUUCUUCAUCGUAUGGGGGCUUCUUAAUUCCAUCUGCUUCAUGUACAGUGGAUCAAGAGUUGUCAUAACAACUAUCAAUAUUCGAAACAAAAUCUGCGAAAUGGAAAACGCUGAGUGGCACCAACUGACCCGGCUUCCUCAGACCACCGUUGAUCCUUGGCCACCGGGAAAGGACCAUGGGGGUCAUAAUGAAGAAGCUCCCAAGCGACAGAACCAACCUGGGACCGAUCUGGGUAAAGGUGAUCCAAAUUCAGCUUUCACGAUCGAGCCUGCUAGGCCCCCCAGUGACCAUGGGGCUGCAGUUCAAUCCAUCAAGCCCUUAAGAUUGUCAGUCCAUGUGCCCAUCCUCGCUAGGAACCAAAGAAGUCCAAAUACUACUUUUCCUCUGACAGGAAAAGAGCGUGCGGUUAAAAAAGUCGCCAGUAUCACCAUGAUAACCAGCCUUCUAAGCAUUUUGUGCUGUGGACUUCAGGCGUAUUCUUUAUUUGGUGUUCAUGGGGUUUAUACCCGGACUGUAACCCCCAAGCCAUGGCCCUGGUUUGCAUUUGAGACGUCGUUUAGGCUCAUAGAACUUGCCAUGGGAUUCAUGUUAUCUUACUGUGUUCUUCAUCCAUAUGUUGGUCGGAGGAAACGUAGUUUCACAAACAUUUUGUGUCCUAAGAGGAAAGGAAAGACUGCAACUCCACGCAUAGUCAUCACACCAAUCAAUGGCCGGAGAGACGGUGAUUUUUCCUGA